AUGGGAUACAUCAAGCAGAUCACGAUCCAGGGCUUCAAGAGCUACAAGGAGCAGUUGCAAAUCGAGCCUUUCUCACCCAACUGCAAUGUAGUCGUCGGUCGCAAUGGUUCCGGAAAGAGUAACUUCUUCGCCGCUGUACGUUUCGUACUGGGCGAUGACUACCACAACUUGGGCCGCGAAGAGCGGCAGGCCCUGCUACACGAGGGUUCUGGCUCGGCUGUCAUGUCAGCAUAUGUCGAGGUGUGCUUCGACAACACAGAGGACCGCUUCCAGACGGGCAAGCCAGAAUUCUACUUGCGCCGGACGAUUGGCGCAAAGAAGGACGAGUACUCAGUCAACCGCAAGAACGCUACCAAAUCCGAAGUUAUGCAGAUCCUCGAAUCUGCCGGUUCUCGCGAUCAAACCCCUACUACAUUGUACCCCAAGGUCGACUCUGAGCGAUUGAAGCUGCUGAAGGAGAUAUCCGGUUCCAAUGUGUACGAAGAGCGCCGCGCAAAUAGUUUGAAGCUGCUCGCCGAUACCGACAACAAGUGCGCCAACAUUGACGGCGUGGUAACCACAAUCAACGAGCGUUUGGACGAAUUGGAGGGCGAGAAGGAGGAGCUGGAGGCAUGGAGCCGGAACGACAAGGAACGCCGGUCGUUGAUGUACACAUUGAAGUCACGCGAGGAGGCCGAUCUCGAGGCCGCUAUUGAGAAUAUCGACCAGCUUGAGAGUCACGGCCGUGAGAUGAAGGAAAACAACGAGGCGGCCUUUGUGCAGACCGAGGCAGAAAUUGCACAGAUCGACACGGAUAUCAAUAAGCGGAGAGGUGACUUGGAUGUUCUCCGGGAGGACCGUGUGCAGUCGGAACAGGAACGCAAGUCGGCAACACUGGAGAAGGCGAAGAUCGAGCUCGAGCUCAAGGCGCUGCAGGACAACCAGUCGGUCGCCCAGCGAACGAAGAAGACGCGCGAUACACAAAUAAAGUCGCUCCAGCAGCAGAUACGAGCACGAGAGGCAGAGCUGAAGCAACUGCUACCCGAAUACAACGCAAAGAAGGAGGAGGAGGAAGCCGUCAGAUCACAAUUGUUAGAAGCUGAAGGCCAACAGAAGCGGCUCGAGGAGAAGCAGGGUCGUACUGCUUUCUACACCACCAAAAGGCAGCGAGACGAAGCAUUGCGCGCCCAGAUAGAGGAAGCAAAUGACGACCUUAGCCGCCGCAAGGCUGUUCUCAUGCAGACUAGCGAAGAGAUCACUCAACUGGAAAGCGACAUCGAGCGUAUUGAGGGUGAGAUUGCCCAUCUCAGAUCAACCAUCGAGAGUGAAGGUGAUGCCAGCGUUAAUCUCGCGGCCAAGGUCGAGCAAGCCAAGGACGCCUACAAGGCUGUACAUGACGAGCAGACAAACCUCUACCGCGAGGAAAACAGGGUCAACACUCAACUUACAAACUCCCAAGCCGAGCUCCGAAAGGCGGAAAGUACAUUUUCUCGGCUGCUCGACCAUGGCACCAGUCGUGGACUUGAGUCAUUACGUCGCUACCAGAAAGAAGGAGAUCUGGAGGGAGUUCAUGGCACUAUCGCCGACCUACUGGAAGUUAAUAAUGACUAUCGGUCUGUCACAGAAGCUGCUGCUGAGGGUGCUCUGUUCAACGUGGUCGUAGACAACGACGAAGUGUCCAGUAAACUCAUCGACAGACUGAUCAAAGACAAGGGCGGACGUAUCACUUUUAUUCCCCUCAAUCGUAUUCGGGGACAUGAUAUGAAUCUACCUGCCACGGGCGAUAUGCAACCACUGUUGCCGAAAUUGAGGUAUGACCAACGAUUCGAAAAUGCCUUCAGCCAUGUCUUCGGUAAGAUCGUUGUCUGCCCUGAUUUGACUGCUUGCAAGAAGAACGCGAAGCAGUACAACGUUCGCGCGUAUACUCUGGAUGGAGAUAAUGCUUCGCGAAAGGGCCAGUACCGAGGAGGUUACCACGAUCCGUCCAAGUCCAAGAUCAGGGCUUAUCAAGCUCUCGCCGAAAUACGCACGCAAUACGACGAAUUACUGCAACGUAAGCGCGAAAUUGCAACAGAACUUGAACAGAAGCGUCAGCAACUCACUGCAGCUCUAAGUGAGGUCCGUAGGCGGGAGCACGAGAAGGACAAGGGAGAAAACAGCUAUGCACCCAUGCGUGAAGAAUUGCGGCUCAAGCAGAGGACCCUCCGAGAAAUUCAGGAGAGCCUUGCAAGGAAGCGAAUGACCGCUUCGACACUGCAGUCGGCAAUCAAUCAGCUUGGGGCACAGCAGAGUGAUUGGGAGGCGGAGGUGGCUUCCAAGUUCGAGAAAGCGCUAUCGAACGACGAGGAGCAAAUGCUCACUACAUUGCGGAGCACUGUUCAAGAUCUGAAGCGACAAUUUGCACGUGCAAAGGAGGAGCGAGCUGCCCUGGAAACUCGCAAAGUCGAGGCUGAGCUUGAUCUCAACGAGAACCUACAGCCAGAACUCGAUAACAUCCAGGCACAACAAGGGGGUGUGGGUGGCUCGACUAGCCAGUCCGCGCGUUUACGCGAGUAUGAGCGCGCACUAGACGAUGUGAAUCAGACGAUUACAAAUCUCGACCUACAGAUCCAGGAGACUGAUGCUCAGAUUGAAGAAAUACGGGCUCAGUUGGGCGAGCUGGAAAACUUAAGAAACGAGAAGGAGGCUACCAAUCGGCAGCUCGCUAGGAUGAUGGCAAAGCAAGAGCAAUCCAUGUCCAAGAAAGACUCAGAUCGCAGUCGUCUCACCGAUAGGCUGGCUGAGGUAAAACGAGACAUUCGAGACCUGGGGACUCUUCCAGAAGACGUGGAUCGAAAGUACACCAAAUGGGACACCACAAAGGUGACCAAAGAGCUUACCAAAGCCAACCAAGCCCUCAAGAGCUUCGCCCACGUCAACAAGAAGGCGUUUGAACAAUACGAAAACUUUACACGCCAACGCCGCACCCUCACCGAACGCCGCGCCGAACUAGAUACCUCGCGGAAGUCGAUCGAAAACCUCAUCGACGUGCUGGACCAGCGCAAGGAUGAAGCCAUUGCCCGUACCUUCAAGCAAGUUGCCUCGGCCUUUGGCGAAGUCUUCCAACAACUCGUACCCAUCGGUCGCGGCCGUCUCAUUAUCAACCGAAAGUCCGACCGCGACGCCCGCCGCGGCGGUGGCGACGACGCCUCCUCGGACGAAGAAGAAGAAGCGACACAAGGCAAGAAGAGCAAGGUGGAAGAAUACACGGGCGUCUCCAUCGCCGUAUCCUUCAACAGCAAGCACGACGAGCAGCAAAAAAUCGGCCAACUCUCCGGUGGCCAAAAGUCUCUCUGCGCCCUCGCCCUCAUCUUUGCUAUUCAAAAAUGCGACCCCGCGCCUUUCUACCUCUUCGACGAAAUCGACGCCAACCUCGAUGCGCAGUACCGUACCGCUGUCGCGCAGAUGCUCGAGAAACUCAGCGGCCAGGGUGGCAAGAACAAAGACGGUGGUGGCCAGUUCAUCUGCACAACUUUUAGACCUGAGAUGGUGUAUGUGGCUGAUCGCUGCUAUGGAGUCAGCUACUCGAAUAAGACGAGUAGUAUUGAUGUUGUGCAGAGGGAGGAUGCACUCAAGUUUGUGGAGGGAAUGCAGAAAACUUAGAUGUGAAGGGGAGCUGUCUGUCUGUGGGAAUGAAUGAAAGGGAUAUAGGAUGAUAUACAAUGCCUGAUCUUCGUGGGAGGAAUGGUAUUGAUGGUUGUAUAGCUACUGAAUGGGAAUUACCGGAGUUUUCUCUUACGAAUGAAAUCAUUCUUGUUUCUGUCUUA